AUGCUAAAUCCUGAUGAUGCACUUCAACUUUUCAGUAGCUAUGCGUUCGAGAAUGAAUCUCCUUCUCAGGCUUUUAGAGAACUUUCUGUAGAGGUUGUCUCUGCAACUGAUGGAGUUCCUCUGGCUCUUGUAGUGAUUGGAUCACUUCUCCACAAGUACAAGGAUCCUCAGGUAUGGAAAGACAUCAUAAAGAGGUCAGCAAAGAUACCUUUCGAUGCAGUGAAUGAUAGGCUGAGGAUAAGUUAUGACAACUUAAAGAGUGAUCAAAAGCAAAUAUUUCUUGACAUAGCAUGCUUCUUCAUUGGCACUGAGAAAACAAAUCCAAUUUACAUGUGGGAUGCCUGUGAAUAUUGCCCACGCUGGGCGCUUGCAGUUUUAUGUUCUAGGUCCUUGGUAAAGAUUUUAGACAAUGACCAAAUAUGGAUGCAUGAUCAGCUCAAGGACCUUGGUAGGGAUAUUGUUUGCGAGGACAUUCUUAAUGAUCCCAAAAAGUGUAGUAGGAAGGAAGCUACGCAAGUUGUAAAGAGCAAAAAGACAAUCUCUGCAUAA